AUGUCGUCUAGUCGCCGUUCGCGCGCGCUUCCUACCGCACCAGGCGCCGGUCCUCCGCAAAAACGCUCAUUGCCAACGACUCCGUCUCCAUUUAAGCCUGAGCCUUUUACUUUGAAUGAAAACCACGCGGAACAAACAGUUUUUUCUCGGGCCUCAAAUUUUGCGAUACAUGGCGGUGACUUUAGCGCGAUCCGGGGAAGUAGAUAUGGAAGGGUACAAAUCGUGAUCAACCAAGGAGGUCCACGGAGACCUAGGUCCUCUCAACCCCCUCGCCCAGUUUCAACGACACCACCCCUUGAGUCGUCUUCUUCUGAUACAGAGUUCGACUGGACGCCUAUUCAAAGGGCCGAUGCAUUCACGCUUCAGGAGAGCGCUCCUCCAAUUUUCCUUCCACGGGUUGGCCAAGGUCCAGAACGAGCUCUCCAUCGCGACAGGACUGGGCACACCUACAAUGACUCUGGUGCCAGUAGUGAAGAAUUAGAUCAGGUUGACGAGUUGGCUGAAGAGAUAGCGCUUUGGCGGUCCAAGCGACAAGAACUCAAAGCCCGGGAGGCAGAGAUUGAGCGUCGAGAACAGGAACUCGAUGCAAGGGCGGAAAGACUUGACCAGGUCGAGCACCAGCUGUCGUUCCAGCGUGCUGACCUUCUGGCCCAGGAACGCCAUCUGAAGGAUGCCAUCCGCGAUCUUCAACGAAGGGAGCGGGAGUAUGAAGUGUCAAGGCUAGGACCACAACCUGUUGACCAGCCGGAUGGAUGCAGUCGUCCAUCGCAUACUCGUCAGGAAUGCCCAAGACGGUCGCUACGCCCGUUGCCGCUCCCUCAAGUGAAUUCAAACCCACGUUCAGCCGAGCAACUCAAUUACGAGAGGAGCGAACACGAGCUACGGUUCAAUAUUCCCCAGUGGGGAGAGAAGCCGUCAGAAGACAUUUUCCCCGCCGACUCGUCCGUUUCCUCAACCAAAGCCGGUAUAGAAUCUAAACUGCACAGGGAAGAAGACGGGGAAUUUGUCGACGAGUACCUCCCGCGGUACUCUUUCCCAAAAUUCUCUCCGAACUCCUCAAGUACCAGCAUUCCUUCCUAUCACACGCGCCUGGAUCCUUUCCCCGUUGGACGUCUUCAUCAUUGGCAAGACAACGAGCAGGGAUAUGAUGCUGGAUCUGGUGUCUACCGCCUUUCCAGUGUUGUGGACUCGAUGUCAACCUUGGAGGUUGACGAAAGGAACUUGUCGCAGAAUGUUUACAAUUCAGGAGCAAAAAAUGACUUCGAACGGGUUACAGCGCUAUCAUGGCUGAUCAAAACCUUGGUCGAAAAUGAGUUGGCAGAUAAGGAUCUGCUUCGCAUUCUCUGUACACAGGCCUCAAAGGACGGACAGUCAGCUCGGGACGCAGCACAGCAGCUUAAGCAACACUUGGAGAAGCCAGUCCUCAUGACGCACCAACUUUAUGCGAUACAGCUGUUGGCAAUUCUAUUGGAACAGAGUUCGGCCUCCUUCAGGGAGGAAUGCUGUGCCUUCGAGUUCAACAUGACACUCGAGCGCUUGAUUAUAUCUCGUGAAACAAAUCCCGUCGUUCAAGAGCGGCUCUUAGAUGUUGUUGGGGCCGCUGUGCAUUCAGGAAACUCCAAGAAUUUAUUUGACUCUUUCCAUGUACUCUGGAGAAGGGUUAGGCCGUCGAAUCGAUCGAUCCACGGCGCACCCCUCGACCCAGAUUAUCUGCAGUUAUGA